GGUGUGUGAUUGGAGAAGAAGCUAGUUAUUGGAGUUAUGCAGAAAUCUUAUUUCCGGUAAUGCAACCUGUGAUUCUUAUAAAGUAAAUUAGUUACAGCUGUUGCAACCCACCAGAUAUCAUUUACUGAUUCAAACUUAAUCGUAGCUGUACAUGAUUCACUUCAUUACAAUCCCCCCCCCCCCCCACACACACACACAAAUUGUACCUUGAUUGAUUUCAGUGUUCAAUAACUAUUAGCUUUAAUCCUGAAAAUUCUUAAAACUCUUCAAGCUGGCAACCCGGAAAUGUUUGGUUUAAUUGUAAAUUAGGCCCCUAGAGGGCAACAGUGGUGCACUCACUGUCCCAGAACAGCGUUUAACCUGUCUGUUACUUCCAUUUUUCUCUGAAUAAUUUUCAGACCAAGUAAAAAAGCAAUGUCGCAAAGCAUAAGACGAGUUGACAAGUCGUUCCCAAAGGAACUCAAUGUAGUAGGCCAUGAUAAAUGAAAAAAAAAUAAAAAUAAAAAGAAUGAGUUGUACGCCUCAUGAAUGGAAGGCAAGCCGGGGAAUAAGUCCUUUCCUACAGACACAGUCAAACCACAGUGGGUUAAAACUAUAAAAACCAGCUCCCGCUUCUGUUGGACAAACCCAGUUUGUUUGAGCUAACGUGUUUACACUGGGUCCAUUGCCAUGGCAGCACAACGCCAUCCCGCCCCUCACGGCGCGUGCAUUUCUUUUCUCUUCAGUGUCUCGCGCGAGCGCCAAAACAAUCCGCUAUUUUUCACAUUAGUUUAAAAAAGAAUAAUACACAGCGUCCUUCAUAACUGUGAAAGUAUUUCAUUCUACUUUUCGCCAAGUUUGAAACUGUUCAGGGACGAGAUGUUUGAAGAAGAUGAAGAAGAAGUUGACCCUCUGUUUUCUGAAGACGAAAGGGUGCAGUUUAUGGGCGAGAAAAUUUGCCAGAUGUUAAAAGUCACAACAGAGUCCUGGAACAAGUUCGUGCUUAUGGAGGAAAACCAAUUCCUGCUCACUGACUACUUUGAAGCACGAGUUAAGUUUUUGUUUUUCACUUCAGCCGCCUCUGCUGUCCUCACUGUUUCCUCUGAGGUUUCUUCUUCCGAUUGCAAGAGGCUAUAUGUUCUCAAGAAGGAAAAUGUGCCUGUCCUUUCUGAAAACUGCAGGAACAUACUGCUCUUUGGUGUGCUCUCACCAUCCCUGCUUCUACAGCUGUCAACCAGUGUGGACAAGGUCUGCCUGCCACUUUUGUCAAACAAGGAGAAUCGUCAGCUGUGGCCAAAUGUGAUAUCCCAGGAUGUAACACGACACAUAGAGAAUUUAUCAAACAAGGUCUCUGUGGUUAAAGGACAAGUUGAUGGGAAAACUGUGCUUCCUGUGCCAGCUGUGACACAGAGGAUAGAAGACUGUCAUCCAUCAGCAUCCAUCAAUCUAUUCAGUCAGGGCUGUCAUGACAGGAUGGCAGUGAUGCAUGCAGUUGAGUCCAUGGUCAUUAAUUGGGCCCAUCUGAUACAAAAGGUCUUAAAAGAAGAUUCUGCUGAACUCAUCGUAAAAGGGAUGAACCCAGGACCAAGCACUGAACUAGACUUCUGGAGGUCAAGAAAAAACAACAUAGAAAACAUUCACGAACAGCUUCAGAGUCCAGCUGUUCAGAAGAUGGUGAGAAUCCUGGAAGUGGCAGACAGCAGCUAUUAUCCAUCUUUUAGAGCACUUACAGAGGAGGUCUAUGAUGCAUUACAGGAAGCGAGAGAUGUGGAUCUGCACCUGCAGCAGCUUCGGCCAGUCUUGUCUUAUUUUGAAAAGGAGGAGUUCUCAUCCAUCCACCCAUUCAUAUCUCCACUAUUUCAUGUUAUCUUUUUGGUUUGGACUCAUUGCUCAUUCUACCGCCAGCCUGCUCGUGUUGUAGUGCUGUUGCAGGAGCUGUGCAACCUCCUCAUUCAGCAGGCUAACUCAUACCUGUGUGGAGAAGAGCUGCUACGAGGAGAGACAGAGGAAACUCUGGAGAAGCUUCAGACUGUUACGAAGCUUAUUAGAUCUUUUAAAGAGACAUUCCAUACCUACAGAGAAAAUGUGGCCACCUGGGCCAGCUCCAGAGGAAUACGCAAGUACUGGGACUUUCCAUCCGCUUUGGUCUUUAGACGUUUUGACUCUUUCACAGCUCGAGUGCUACAGUUAGAGGAUCUUUUCUUCACCAUGGUCAAGUUGCAAAAACUGGAGAAGGUUAUUUUUGGUGGAAUAAAGGGACGAAUGUACACUGAACAGGUUUUUCUACUGCACUCUGAGUUUCAGCAGCUCUGCAAAGGAAUCAGGGACAGUGAAUAUGAUCCUUUAGAUUUGACAUCCAAGGAUUUUGAUGAAGAUUAUGCACAUUUUAAAGUAAAGGUUGCAGACUAUGAUAGACGGCUUGGUAACAUCCUUUGCCUGGCCUAUAAAGACUGUUCAGGAUUGGAAUCUAUUUUCAAACUGCUAGCUAUGUUUCGACCUUUCAUGGACAGAGGCAUCAUUAAGGAAACAUUCACCCCUAAUAUCACCAAACUGAUGCACCUUUUUGGUGUUGAGCUGGAAACAUGUAAAUACCAACUUAACUCUCAACGAGAGCAGAAGGAGAAUUGUAAAGCUACUGUGAGUAAGAACAUGCCGGACAUGUCUGGUGCUUUGAAAUGGGCCAAAAUGCUGAGAAAUAGAAUCCAGAUCCAGUGGGAGAAUUUCCGAUUUGUGCUUGACAUGACUAUGGAAGAAGCAGACAUGAAGUUCUUAUAUCAUAAAUACAUGGAGAUGUCCUCCCUGCUGGAUGAGUAUGAAAAAGAGGUGUACUCAGAUUGGUGCAGUAAUGUAGAACAGGUCUGCCAGCUGAACCUUGACCAACCCCUAAUCAGGAGAGAUUUCAUUUCUGGUUUCCUAUCGGUGAACUUCAGUCAAGAGCUGUUAGCUGUCCUGAGGGAUGUCAGACAUCUUCGGAUGUUGGACCAGACCAGUAUCCCUUGUGCUGCCUUAGAGGUGUAUGAGAAGAGAGACAUGUUUCUUACGUGUAUGAGUAGUUUGCAGUUACUAGUCCAGCUGUACAACAAGGUACGACAGAUGGCUGUGGAUGCAGAGAUUUCCCUUAUGAAAGCCGAGCUAGAGGCUAUAGACAAGCAGCUGUAUCGGGCUGAGACUGACCUGACAUGGCAAGACCAAGGCUGCUUGAGCUAUAUCUGCCAGGUGAAAGACAUGGUGUAUAAUAUGGAGCGCAAGUUUCAAAAAUCCAGAGACAAUGUUGAGAUGAUUAAGGAGCUGAUGAAGGGAUGGAGCAAACAGCCAAUCUUCUGCAGGAAGGAUAGUAAGAAAGACACACUGCUGGUGCUGGAGGACAGAGCAGCUAGUGUCGCAAAGAAAUACAGUAGCAUCAGGAAAGAUGGAGAGACCAUACACAGUCUGUUACAGGAGAACAAAAACCUCUAUACAGCAGAUGAUGAUUCGGAAGCAUGGAAAGAGUAUGUGGAAUAUGUGGAUGAAAUGGUAGUGGAAGGCUUUUACAAUGCCAUCACUUACUCUUUAGAGUUCUUUGUUAACAACAUGGAAGGAUCAGUGAGACAGGCUCCACUGUUAGAGGCUCAGAUGGUGCUUAGCGCGUCUGAGAUAGCUUUCAGACCCUCUCUGGACAUCGGUGCAGGAGAUGGCCUUUAUGAGUUAGUCGAGGGACUGUUACAGGACAUUUUCCAAAUGCCCACCCAAAUCAAAAGGGUGGCACCUCAUCUGGGUGUCAAAGACUAUCAGUGUGAUAUGGAUGAUAUGCUGGACCUCUUAGACCUACGACAGGAAGUGAUGGAGAGAGUGAAAGAUGUGAUCAUGAGAGUCUCCCAAUAUCAGAUCUCAUUUGAAAACUACACACACCUGUGGCUGGAUGAUCGUAGUGAGUUUCUCAAACAGUUUCUCCUGUAUGGUCAGGCUCUGACAACAGAAUAUGUGGAAGCAUAUGAGGAGGCUGUAGAUUUACCAGAGAAUCCACCCACAACUGACAAGUUCAAAGAGCAGAUUGACCGUUAUGAAGAUCUGUAUGUACAAGUGAGCAAGCUAGAGGACUCGCGAGUAUUUGACGGCUGGUUUAGGGUGGAUAUCCGCCCGUUUAAGAUGAGUCUUUUAAACACAAUUAAAAAAUGGAGCUGGAUGUUCAAGGAGCACCUCAUAUCAUACGUGACAGAAAAUAUUUCAGACCUUGAGGAGUUUAUCCUCAGGGUUGACUCGGGAGUAAGAGAGCCGGUGAAGAGUGGAGACUACCAGGCCCUAGUGCAGGUGAUGGGCUGCCUGCUGGCUGUCAGAUCCAGACAGCCCAGUACAGACCAAAUGUUUGAGCCACUCACAGCUGUGGUCAGCCUGCUGCAGCAGUAUGGAGAAACACUCCCUGACCAUAUCUACACUCAGUUAGAGGAGAUACCUGAGAGAUGGAAUAGCAUUAAGAAGCUGGCCUGGUUGGUGAAGCACGAGGUUGCUCCUCUGCAGAAUGCAGAGGUGGUAGUCAUACGCAAGAAAUAUGGAGCCUUUGAGAUAAAGCUGCGCCAGUUUGAGGAGAAGUUUAGAAUGGAAGCCCCUCUUCACUGCAACACAGAGAGUCCUUACACUCAGCUAGAUAAUUGGCACAGCGAGGUGGUAAGACUAGAGCAGGAGGCGGCGACGCUGCAAGAGUCCUGCAAGCUGUUUGAAGUGAGCAGCCCAGAUUUCAGGCAGCUAAGGCUCUGUCAGAGACAGAUCUUUAUCUUAAAGCAGCUCUGGGACCUGCUCCUGUGUGCUCAGAGUAUUAUAGACGUCUGGAAGGAGACACACUGGAGAGAAAUUAACAUGGAACAGAUGGAUGCAGAACUGAAGAGGUUUGCAAAAGUGAGAGAUUCUGCUUGGGAAAUGCAGAGUCUUGAUAAAGAAGCCCGGGGUUGGGAUGUGUAUGUUGGACUGGACCAUGCACUGAAAGAUUUGCUGACUGCGCUACGGGCCGUGACUCAGCUACAGAACUCUGCUAUGAGAGAGCGACACUGGACACAGCUGGCUAUGGCCAUGAAAGUUGACUUUACCGUGACGGAGAAAACAACGCUUGCAGACUUACUGACUCUGCAGCUACACGUGUACGAAGAUGAAGUUCAGAAUACAGUCUCUAAAGCAGUGAAAGAGAUGGCCAUUGAAAAGGCGUUAAGUGAGAUCAGUCAGACAUGGUCCCUGAUGGAGUUUACUUAUGAUAAGCACUUCCGUACCUCGACACCUGUGCUGAAGUGCGACGAUGAACUCAUUGAGAGACUGGAAGAUCAUCAGGUACAGUUGCAGGCCAUGCUGCAGACUAAGCAGGUGAAGUUCUUCCACAGACAGGUGCGGGUUCUGCAGGGCCAGCUCACACAGGCUGACACAGUGCUACUCAUCUGGUUGGAGGUGCAGAGGACAUGGGCUUACCUGGAGAGCAUCUUUAUGGGCUCAGACGACAUUCAUCACCAGCUGCCUGAGGAGACACGGCGAUUCCACACUAUUGACACUGACUUUAAGGACCUAAUGUUUAAAAGUGCUGAAACAAAGAACGUGAUUGCUGCCACCAGCAAACCCCAUCUUUUGGAGACACUUGAGGAUUUGCAAAUAAGACUUGCUGUGUGUGAGAAAGCACUAGCCAAAUACCAUGAUAAGAAGAGAAUAGCUUUUCCACGCUUCUACUUCAUCUCUUCUGCUGACUUACUGGAUAUUCUCUCCAAAGGCAACCAGCCCAAAGAGGUCACCCAUCAUCUGGCUAAGCUGUUUGACAGUAUUGCUGACCUGCAGUUCUGUCAGGACGAGCACAGGAUGAAGGACAUGGUGGCUACAGGGAUGUUCAGCAGAGAGAAAGAAUAUAUGCCUUUUCAUUCGCAGUGUGACUGUGUGGGUCCGGUCGAGCUGUGGCUGACCAAGCUUGAGGAGACAAUGAGAGAAGCAGUGAGGAGGCACAUAGCCGAGGCCGUAGCUCAGUAUGAGGAGCGGCUGUGGGAGCAGUGGGUCCUGGAGCACCCGGCUCAGGUCGCUCUCAUUGCCUCUCAGAUCUGGUGGGCUACUGACGUAGGCCUUGCUUUUCAACGUCUGCUGGACGGCUUUGACACAGCACUGAGAGACUACAGCAAGAAACAGUGCCACUUCCAAGUUAGAGAUAGAGCUGUUGCAAGGAUGGGGGAGUUGAUGGAGCGUCUGCAAGCUGCAAAAUGCUUUCUCAUCCUCUCUGUGAUGAAGUGUGUAAUGCUGAGCAAUGUAAGCUGUAGUAAAGCAAUGAGGCAAGGCUGUCCACACUGUCUCUGCAGUGUCAGGAGCUGUUUGUCUGUAGCAGCAUGUAAGAUUGCUCAACUAAACUCUCUGAUAAACAUGCUGUUGGGAGAGCUGAGUCCAGGGGACAGACAGAAGAUCAUGACUCUAUGCACCGUCGAAGUCCAUGCCAGAGAUGUAGUAUUCAAACUUAUCACACAGAAGGUGAACAGUGCCAAUUCUUUUGCCUGGCUUUCUCAGCUGCGUCACUACUGGGAUGAAGAACAGAAGCACUGCUUUGCCGACAUCUGUGAUGCUCGGUUCCUAUACUCCUAUGAGUACCUGGGCAAUACACCACGCCUGGUCAUUACCCCUCUCACAGACAGGUGCUAUGUGACCUUAACCCAGUCCCUGCACCUGAUGAUGAGUGGAGCUCCAGCUGGCCCUGCUGGCACAGGCAAGACUGAAACCACUAAAGACCUGGGCAGGGCCCUCGGUGUGAUGGUGUACGUCUUUAACUGCUCAGAACAGAUGGACUACAAGUCCAUAGGAAAUAUCUUUAAAGGAUUGUCUCAGACUGGCACAUGGGGCUGCUUUGAUGAAUUUAACCGCAUCGCUGUCGAGGUGCUAUCGGUAGUGGCAGUGCAAGUGAAGACUAUACAAGAUGCCAUUCGUCACAAGAGGAAGAGGUUUUUCUUCUUAGAUGAGGAGAUGAGCUUGAAGCCCACAGUUGGGAUUUUUAUUACCAUGAACCCAGACUAUGCUGGACGAACUGAGCUACCUGAGAACCUCAAAGCACUCUUCAGGCCGUGUGCCAUGGUGGUGCCGGAUUUGGAACUGAUCUGUGAGAUUAUGCUGAUGGCUGAGGGCUUUCUGCAUGCAAGGCUCCUUGGCAGAAAGUUCAUCACCCUAUAUAACCUCUGCAAGGAGCUGCUCUCCAAACAGAACCAUUAUGACUGGGGCUUGCGUGCUAUCAAGUCUGUCCUGGUGGUUGCUGGUGCUCUUAAAAGGGAGGAUAAGGCCAAACCAGAGGAUCAGGUAUUAAUGCGUGCUCUGCGUGAUUUCAACAUGCCUAAAAUCGUCACCGAAGAUAUCCCAGUGUUCCUGGGUCUAGUUAGCGACCUGUUUCCUGGUGUUGAGGUGCAGAGGCGAACUGAUUGUGAUUUUGAGCACCUGGUUCGGCAGAGUGCCCUGGAGCUCAAACUCCAACCAGAGGAUCCCUUCAUCCUCAAGGUAGUUCAGCUUGAAGAACUUAUGAAUGUCCGUCACUCUGUAUUUGUGGUGGGAAAUGCUGGUACAGGGAAGAGUCAGAUCCUAAGAACACUCUAUAAAACUUACGUCAACAUGAAAAAGAAACCUGUGUGGAAUGAUCUGAACCCCAAGGCAAUAAAUAGAGACGAACUUUUUGGUUUCAUCCAUCCAGGAACUCGAGAAUGGAAAGAUGGCUUAUUGUCAUGCUUAAUGCGUGAACAGGCCAAUAACUCUCAUUCUGGUCCUAAGUGGAUUAUUCUGGAUGGAGAUGUAGACCCCAUGUGGAUUGAGUCUCUCAACACCGUCAUGGAUGACAAUAAGGUACUGACUUUGGCCAGUAAUGAGAGGAUACCACUGACCUCCUCAAUGAGACUGGUGUUUGAGAUCAGCCACCUGAGGAACGCAACACCUGCCACUGUGUCUCGUGCUGGCAUCCUAUACGUCAACCCACAAGAUCUCAGCUGGAACCUUUAUGUAACCAGUUGGAUUGACAGAAGGAAACACCAGACUGAGAAAGCUCACCUUACCAUCCUAUUUGACAAAUAUGUCUCCCGCUGCAUAGAGCAAAUGAGAAGCUCAUUUAAGACCAUCAUCCCAAUUCCAGAAAACAGCAUGGUACAGACUCUGUGCUUGUUGCUGGACUGUUUGCUCACCUCUGAGAAUGUACCAACCGACUCGCCCCGUGAAGUAUACGAGACCUACUUUGUGUUUGCCUGCAUCUGGGCUUUUGGUGGUGCUACAUAUCAAGAUCAGCUGCGUGACUACAGAGCUGAGUUCAGUCAGUGGUGGACUAAAGAGAUGAGAAGCAUUAAGUUACCGGCACAUGGUUCAGUGUUUGAUUACUACCUGGACCCCCAGACCAGACGUUUCUCACCAUGGACUGACAAAAUACAAUCUUUUCACAUGGAACCAGACAAACCAUUGCAGGCAGUGAUGGUCCCUACAGCAGAGACAGUGCGGUUACAGUACUUCAUGCGCUUGUUACUGGAAAGUGCUCAGCCUCUGAUGCUGGUUGGGGGAGUGGGCACAGGAAAAACAGCUAUAGUCAAAGACUUGUUGGCCACACUACCAGAAACCUUUAUAUCUGCCAGUGUGCCUCUUCAUCACUACAGCACAUCCUCUACACUGCAGAAGAUGCUGGAGAGGCCAUUGGAGAAGAAAGCAGGCAGGAAGUAUGCUCCUUCAGGGAAUAAGAGACUCAUCUACUUUGUUGAUGAUAUGAAUAUGACAGCCACAGACGGUUAUGGCACAGUUCAGCCUCACACCCUCAUACGCCAGCAUUUGGACUAUAAUCACUGGUAUGACAGUCAAAAGCUGUCUCUGAAAGAGAUACACAAUACCCAGUAUAUAGCCUGUUUGAAUCCACAAGCAGGCAGUUACACGAUCAAUCCCAGACUACAUAGGCAUUUCUCAGUUUUAGCAGUGAACAACCCUACCCGUGAGGCUUUGAGCUCCAUCUACAGCUCCAUUCUCAGCCUGCACAUACAAAGCCUGCCAUUCAACAUGGCUGUGGCCAAGAGUGUCUCCUCCGUGGUGCAAGCAGCCAUUGCUCUACAUGACAGAGUGAUCCACCAUUUCCUCCCCUCGGCUAAUAAGUUCCACCACCUCUUCAGCCUGUGGGACCUCUCCCAGCUCUUCCAGGGCCUGUUACUUUCUAGACCUGAGUGUGUGAGACAUAGCUCUGACCUGGUCCAGCUGUGGGUGCAUGAGUCCAGGAGAGUAUAUUCGGACCGGAUGGCUGACGCUGCUGACCUGCAGCUUUUCCACAGGCUCCAGACAGAAGUUGUUCAGCAAGUAUUUGAGAAGCAGCUUGUGCUGCAGGAACCUCUGAUAUACCUGCACAGCAGCAAGGAGGCCAUGGAGCCUUGCUAUGGUCCUGUAGAGGGAUGGGAGCAGUUGAAGAGCACCCUGACAGCUGUCCUGGACACCUACAACCAGCUUUAUUCCACCAUGAAUCUAGUGUUGUUCCAAGAAGCCAUGCAACAUGUCUGUCGGAUCAGCCGAAUCCUGGUGUGUCAGCGUGGUCAUGCUUUGCUGGUGGGUGUGAGUGGCAGUGGAAAGCAGAGCCUGACUCGUCUGGCUGCCUAUUUCUCUGAUAUGAACACCUUCCAGCCCGUCUUGCACAAGGGGUACAGCAUCCAGGACCUGAAGGUGGAUCUAGCAGGUCUCUGUGUAAACACUGGGGUGAAAAACCUUCCUACAGUGCUCCUGCUCACAGAUGCUCAGAUCCCUGAUGAGCGCUUCAUUGUCAUCAUCAGCACUCUGCUUUCCUCAGGUGAGAUUCGAGAGCUAUUGUCCGAUGAGGAUGUGGACACUGUAGUGAAGGCAGUGAAGAGGGAAGUUCGUGUAUCUGGCUUGUUGGACACCACAGAGAAUUGCUGGAGGUUCUUCACAGACCGUGUCCAUCAAAAUCUCAAGGUGGUGCUGUGCAUGUCUCCUGUAGGUACCACCCUGCGUGUUCGUGUGCGCCAUUUCCCAGCUCUCCUCAGCUGCACUACAGUGGACUGGUUCCACGAGUGGCCCCAGGAGGCACUGCAGUCAGUCAGCCUACGGUUUAUAAAGGAGCUUCAUGGCAUUGAACCAGCCAUUCAGGAACCCAUCAGUCUUUUCAUGGCCCACGCUCAUGCCAGCGUCAAGCAGGUGAGUGAGUUCUAUCAGCAGAAGGAGAGGAGGCACAACUACAGCACACCCAAGAGCUUCCUGGAACUACUCAGGCUGUUUGGUGCACUGUUGGAGAAGAGAGACAUGCAGCUACAGCAGAGGCUUAGCAGACUGAACUCAGGCCUGCAUAAACUGAAGACCACUGCCUCACAGGUGGGAGAGCUUAUGGCUAAACUGAACUCUCAGGAAGUGGAGCUGAAUAUAAAAAACCAGGCAGCUGAGGCUCUGAUCACCAAGAUUGGACGGCAGACUGAAAGAGUGAGCCAGAAGAGAAAGGAUUUAGAUCUAGAAGAGCAGAACGUGGCAGCCAUAAAAGCAGAAGUGACACAGAGACAGAGGGACUGUGAGGAUGACCUGAUUAAAGCUGAGCCAGCUUUAGAGGCUGCCACUGCAGCUUUAGAUACUCUUAACAAGGUGAACCUGACAGAGUUAAAGACGUUUCCCAAUCCCCCAGAGGCCGUAACAAAUGUGAUGGCAGCAGUGAUGGUCCUGUUGGCCCCGCAUGGACGUGUUCCUAAAGAUCGCAGCUGGAAGGCUGCCAGAGCCUUUAUGGGCAAGCUGGAUGACUUCCUUCAGGCUUUAGUAUACUAUGAUAAGGAGCACAUACCUGAGCAGUGUCUGAGUACAGUGAAGCAGAAGUACCUCAGUAAUCCGGAGUUUCACCCUGACCAUGUUCGCACCAAGUCCUAUGCUGCUUCUGGUCUCUGUGCCUGGACCAUCAAUAUUGUGCGCUACUAUGAGGUGUACUGUCAGGUUGUGCCAAAGCGUCAGGCUCUUUCUCAUGCCAACACUGAGCUGGACAAUGCUACAGCUAAACUGCUCACCAUUAGAAAGAAACUGGUUGAUCUAGACAGGCACUUGCAGAGCCUCACAGCCCAGUUUGAGAGAGCAGCAGCUGAGAAACUGCAUUGCCAGGAGGAAGUGACUCGCACCAGACAGACCAUCGAGCUGGCCAGUCGGUUGGUGGGAGGCUUGCAGUCUGAGAAUGUGCGGUGGUCAGAAGCUGCGCUGGAGCUGGAGGCUCAGCAGAAGACGCUGUGUGGGGAUGUGUUACUGGCUGCAACCUUUGUCUCUUAUGCUGGAUAUUUUACGCAGCCUUACAGGCAGCAGCUUCUAGAGUGCACAUGGAAGCCUUUCCUCAAAGAACAAAAACCCCUCAUCCCGCUAACAGAAGGCCUGGACCCUAUCCUGCUGCUGGCUGAGCAAGCCAGCAUUGCCGCCUGGCACAACCAGGGCCUGCCGCCCGAUCGGCUGUCUGUGGAGAACGCUGUGAUCCUGACUUGCAGCCAGCGCUGGCCACUCCUUGUAGACCCCCAGCAACAGGCCGGCAAGUGGCUCCGCAACCUGUACGGACCUGGACUCAGAGUGCUGCAGCAUGGAGAGAAAGGAUAUUUGGAUGUGAUUGAGCAGGCAUUGGUCUGUGGUGAAGUUGUGUUGAUUGAGAAUGUGGAGGAAAGACUGGAUGCAAUCCUGGAACCUCUGCUAGGCAGGAACACUACCAACAGUGGAAGGUUUAUCAGGCUGGGGGAUAGAGAUUGUGAGUACAACAGCAGGUUCUGGCUUCUUCUGCACACAAAGCUGGCCAACCCUGACUUCCCUCCUGAGCUGCAAGCCCAGACCACCCUCAUUAACUUCACAGUGACGCAGGCUGGCCUGGAGGAGCAGCUCCUAGGACAGGUGGUCAGCCAUGAUAGGCCUGACCUGGAGACCAUGAAGCUGGAGCUGAGUACUCAGCAGAACCUGUGUCAGAUAGAGCUGAAGAAGUUGGAGGAUGAGCUGCUGAGCAGGUUGUCUGCUGCUGAGGGUAGCGUCGUGCGAGACGCAGCAUUAGUGGAGCAGCUGGAACACACAAAGAACACUGUCGCUCAUAUCCAAAACAAGGUCAUAGAAGCUAGAGAGAACGAAAUGAAAAUCAACAAGACCCGUGAGCUCUACCGUCCUGUAGCACAGAGAGCUACUCUUCUUUACUUUAUCAUUAAAGAGCUACACAACAUCAAUCCCAUGUACCAGUAUUCAUUUAAGGCUUUUAGUGCAGUAUUCCACAAAGCGAUUGAGCAAACUCCACGAGAUGAAGAUGUGGCAGUGCGUGUCCACUCCCUCACCGAGGCUGUCACUUACUCCGUCUUCGUGUACACCAGUCAGGGCCUCUUCCAGAAGGACAGACUAACCUUUGUGACCCACAUUGCCUUCCAGAUUCUCCUGAUGAAAGGGGCCAUUGAAUCAGAGGAGCUUGAUCUUCUUUUGCAUUUCCCAGUGGAGUUCAGCAGUGGAAGUCCUGUCAGCUUCCUGUCUGAUGGGGCCUGGGGAGCCAUCAGGGCUCUGUCAGUACUGGAGGCAUUUCUUGGUCUAGACUGGGAUGUAGAAGGCUCACCUAAGCGCUGGAGGAAGCUGGUGGAAUCUGAGUGUCCAGAGAGAGAGCGCCUCCCUCUGGACUGGAAGAAGAAAAAUACCCUGCAGAGACUCAUUAUCCUCAGAGCCAUGCGGCCUGACAGGAUGAGCUAUGCGCUAAGGAACUUUGUGGAGGAGAGUUUAGGCUGCAGAUAUGUGGAAACAACCAGGAUAGAGUUUGCGAAAUCUUAUGAGGAGAGCAGUCCUUCAACACCAGUCUUCUUUAUCCUGUCUCCUGGAGUCAACCCAUUGAAAGAUGUGGAAACACUCGGGCUGAAGCUGGGCUUCUCCAUAGACCGGGGAAACCUUCACAACAUCUCACUGGGACAGGGCCAGGAGAGUGUGGCUGAGAAGGCUCUAGAAAUGGCAGCUUCAAAAGGCCACUGGGUCAUCCUCCAGAAUGUGCAUUUAGUGGAGCGUUGGCUGGAUCAUCUGGAAGGUCUUUUGGAGAGUACAGGGCGAAAAGCUCACCCACAGUACCGAGUGUUCAUGAGCGGACAACCUGCUCCCAGACCUGAAGAGCACAUCUUUCCCAGAGGCAUCCUGGAAAAUGCGGUCAAACUGACCAGUGAACCACCGACGGGCAUGAAUGCCAGCCUGCAUGCCGCACUGCACAACUUCAGCCAGGAAACGUUGGAGAUGUGUUCUCACGAGCAGGAGUUUAAAGCACUCCUGUUCUCUCUCUGCUAUUUCCACGCUUGUGUCAGUGAGAGGAGGAAGUUUGGGCCUCAGGGUUGGAAUCGCUGCUACCCAUUUAACACUGAAGACCUCACCAUCUCCAUUAAUGUGCUGUAUAACUACCUGGAGGUUAAUUCAAAAGUGCCAUGGGAGGACCUGUGUUAUCUGGUAGGAGAGAUCAUGUAUGGAGGACACAUCACUGAUGACUGGGAUAGGAGACUCUGCCGCACAUAUAUACAGGAGUUCCUUAAUCCAAAAAUGUUUGAAGGAGAGCUGUUCCUCUGCCCUGGCUUCUCAGUUCCUCCUGAUCUGGACUACGCUGGCUAUCACAGUUAUGUGGAUGAGAGAUUGCCAGAGGAAAAUCCAAGUCUCUACGGUUUGCAUCCCAAUGCGGAGAUCAAGUUUAUGACCGCCACGUCCAACACUCUCUUUAACACCCUGUUAGAACUGCAGUGCCGAGACUCAGUGGGAGAGGAAGCAGCACAGAGUGUGGAGGAAAAGGUGAAAAGUGUGCUUGAUGACAUUCUGGAGAAGCUGCCUGAGAAAUACAGCAUGUCUGAGCUGCUUACUAAAACCACAGAGCGCAGUCCAUUGGUUCUGCUCUGUUUACAGGAGUGUGAGCGCAUGAACCUGCUGAUAUCUGAGAUCCACAGCUCUCUUACACAGCUGGACCUGGCCCUGAAGGGUGAGUUAAGCAUCUCUCCUGACAUGGAGACUCUGCAGAUGGCUCUUUACUACAACCGAGUUCCUGACAGCUGGAGCCGACUGACCCACCCCUCUACGAACACGCUGGCCCAGUGGUUCACUGAUGUCCUCAGUCAGUGUCGAGAGCUGGACACCUGGACUCAAGACUUUGUGCUCCCGGCUGUGGUGUGGCUCUCAGGACUGUUCAGCCCACAAUCUUUCCUGACCGCGAUCAUGCAGAGUAUAGCUCGUAAGAACAAGUGGCCACUUGACAAGAUGGCUUUGUCCGUGGACGUGACUAAGAAGACAAAGGAUGAUUAUGGCCACCCACCUCGAGAGGGUGCUUACGUUCAUGGGCUCUAUAUGGAGGGUGCUCGAUGGGACAUGUCAGCAGGGGUGCUGUCAGAGGCUGUGUUAAAGGACCUAACUCCGGCCAUGCCAGUGCUGUAUAUCCGAGCGGUACCUGCUGACAAGCUGGAGCUGAAUAACACCUACGAAUGCCCAGUGUAUCAAACCAAACUCCGUGGUCCCACUUUCAUCUGGAGCUUCCACCUCAAAACACGCCACCCACCUGCCAAGUGGGUGCAGGCAGGAGUGGCCCUGUUGCUAAACCCUGUUUGAGUGAACAGCCCACAGUACUUUCUGUACAUUAUUACGAGGCACUUAAGUGCUUCUUAAUAAUUAAUUGCACCAUUGUCAAGCUGAAAAAGAAGGUAUGGUUGAUUUGAGAAAAUUUUCUGAUGAGAGGAGAUGAAGUACGCUGUAAUUUUAAUUGAAGCAGUUUAACUCGCAGUAUUUUUCUAGUCUACUCUGUGUGAUAUGGUUUAACGUUAUAUACUCAAUUUUGUGCCAUAUAUUAAUAAAGAAAACUCCUUCAAUUCUAACCAAAUAUUUGAAUAUUUGACACUCAGUGAAUGAGUACAAAGCUAAGUUCUACAGCUAAUAUAAUAUAAUAUAAUAUAAUAGGGUAGGAUCAUUAGCUUGUGUGUGAGAUGUGGAUUGUUUGUGCGAUCUUCCCACAGUCUCUGAGGGUGUCAAGGCUCUUAUUGAAAGGACAGGGAAAUGAUAGAUCAGCAGAGCAGGGAGAGGAAAUGAUAGGUUUGAGUAGGCCGUACCGCAGCGCCUCUUCUCUCACUGAGCUGCAGCACACUCACAGCAGGCAGUAAUGGCACAGCGGGGGGCUCUGUCACAGCAUCUGGUCGGCCAUUUAGGCUCCUGCUCCAGCUGAGACAAACAGUAAGCAAGCUGACUGUUACAAUGCGUAUGGAAUGUGCUUCCUCCUGUGGCCUCCUACAAUCCCCAAUGUGUCACUCACAUAGGAUUUUUUUUUUCUUCUUCUUGAGAUUUCAGUACCCAUUAUAAGUGUUUCAUUUCAACUGAGAUCUAUAAUAGACUUCUGUAAUCCACUCAGGCAGUUAGCAUGUGUGCUUAGAGAGUACCUUUUGAAGCCUGAAACCAUUACCAAGACAGGGAAAAUAAAGACAUUCGUAAGCAGUGAUGUAACAGU